AAAUGCUUCGGGCAUUGGGCUACAUGUAUCCACCCUGCUAUGGUGGUGCCACCGCACAAUGUAGUUGUUCGUAGUCUGGCGGCAAACACAGUCCUAUUAGAUCUUGUUGUCUCAGUGCUGUGUUGGCUUUCGCUGGCGUGUCGCAUGUUGUUUUACAUCAGUGGGGCAAAGGUGCACAUGCACUUGUUAUCCUAACAAACUUUUGCGUGUGAAAUAAAACAUUAAAGAAAAUGAAGAACAUCGCCGGAGGAUCGGACGUGAUUGUUCCAGCGAAUCGGAUUAUUGGUGAAACUAACGAAGGAUCAGACGAAACUGUCGUGCACGCGGUUACGGUCCGUAAUGCAAUUAAAGUGUACGGAAGCAAAGAUAACCGAUGUGCAGUACUUGAUGGGCUAAAUAUGACGAUCAAAAAGGGAGCCAUAUACGGAUUACUUGGAGCCAGCGGGUGCGGCAAGACGACCUUAUUAAGCUGUCUGGUUGGUCGUCGCAGUUUGAAUAGCGGCGAGAUCGUAGUACUGGGUCAGGAGCCCGGCACUCCAGGCAGCGGAGUGCCCGGCCCGCGAGUUGGCUACAUGCCACAAGAACUGGCAUUGUACAGCGACUUUAGCAUCACGGAGACGCUGCGAUAUUUCGGCCGCAUCUACAACUUGCGGAUGGCCUUUGUCGAUUCACAGCUGGAAUUUCUAUCCAAGCUGCUGGACCUUCCGCCCAGCGAUCGUCCCGUCAAGACGCUCAGUGGCGGCCAGCAGCGGCGUGUCUCGUUUGCAGUCGCUUUAUUUCACGAGCCUGAAUUGCUUAUAUUGGACGAGCCAACUGUUGGCGUUGAUCCUUUACUCCGGCACAGCAUUUGGAAUCAUCUUGUUCAUCAGAGUGUCCAUCAUGGACGGACAGUCAUUGUCACCACUCACUACAUUGAAGAAGCGCGGCAAGCUAAUAUGAUCGGAAUGAUGCGUUCUGGUCGUUUAUUAGUGGAAGAAUCGCCAGACAGCCUGUUGAAUCAUUACCAACUGCCAUCACUGGAAGAAGUAUUCUUAAAACUUUGCAUCACGGACCGCGGUAAUAGUCGCAACGAACAACUUACCGAGGUUGCAAACGUUCCCAGUCACGUAGCAGCUCAAUUACCACAGCCUUCAGCAGAUCAUGUUAAUAUGGCAUUUGACGACUCGCUUAGUCAAAUCAGCGUCCCUGAACCAAACCGUGACGAAUCUUCUGCAUCACCGGCUAAUGGCUCGGAAACACCAUCAGUCGACAUCGAAAUGAUUAGCAGAAACAGGGAUAACUCAAGCGAAUUAACUGUUAGACCCACAGCAGCCAAUAACGUUAUUUCUGCAAAACGCCAUCAAAGUCGUACCUUCCGAAUUGCUCUUCCAUCUUCGUAUCGGCUGAAUGCGCUGGUGCGGAAGAAUUUUAUGGUUACGUUUCGGAACAUCGGGAUUUUCGUGCUGCUCUACUUUUUGCCCGCAUUCCAAGCGACCGUAUUUAAUGUAACACUCGGACACGAACCCACUGGGAUCAAGAUGGCCAUUGUCAAUGACGAACUGAAUCCGAGCCAGGGCCGCGUUUGCAACUACUCGACAGAUUGUUCGUACUCGAUGCUCAGCUGCCGAUAUCUUCGAUACAUUAAAGACAACAUCAUACAGGUCCCCUACGAAAGUGUGUCGACCGCGUUGGAUGCGGGCAGAAAAGGGAGCGUCUGGGGUGUGAUCCACUUUGGACAUAAUUUUACGGAAGAACUCGAGAUUCGGCAAUCCGAAGGAGAUGCGGUGAAAAUCGAAAACAUUAUCCGAAGUCGAAUCAGCAUCAACAUGGAUUCCUCUAAUCAACAAAUUGACGUAUUUGUCGAGAAAUGGCUGUUGGAAGCCUAUGGAAAUUUUUUUCAAGAUUUCAUGAAAUCGUGCAAGUUUGAACCAGAAGCUGGUUACCUCCCAGUAGUGUUUCUAGAUCCAGUGUACGGCCACAAAGAUACUCCCUACACUGAAUUCAUGGCACCUGGUCUCAUUAUCUCGAUCGUAUACUUUAUGGCUGUUUCGUUAACUGCUGGAAUCUUCGUCGCUGAAAGACAGCAAGGUCUUCUUGACCGCAGUUUAGUGGCUGGAGUGCAGAUGACCGAAGUCCUGAUCGGUCAUUUGGUCAACCAGUUCACUGUCAUGAUCGGCCAAACAGCGUUAGUUUUCAUGUGCACGUUACUGAUCUUCAGUAUUCCAUGUCAUGGCAACCUGGUCCUCGCCAUUUUUAUCACUCUACUGCAAGGCUUCGUCGGAAUGUGUUUCGGUUUGUUGAUUGCCACGUUAUGUGACAAUGAAAACAGUGCCCUUUUGCUGUCGCAGGCAAGUUUUCUUCCGUUUACGGUUAUUAGCGGGGUCUGCUGGCCCAUUGAAGGGAUGCCGUUCUAUUUCCGCAGUAUCGCCUACGCGAUGCCACUGACGUACGCCAUCGAAUCUUUGAGAUCGAUUUUUACGCGAGGAUGGGGCAUUGAACGACUCGAUGUUUACGCAGGUAUUUUAAUCAGCAUUGCGUGGAUCUUUGCACUGUUGAUUAUGUGCUUGAUUGUCAUCCGCGUUCGGAAAUAUGCCAGUUAAACAUUUGUUGUCUAUCCAGUCCCUUUUUUUAAAUAUUUUGAACCUUUUUUCUUAUGUAUUAUCAUCUGUUUGUAUCUGAAUUUUAAUGUCGUGUUGACGUGGCGUUUGCUAUAUAGUUAAAUAGGGCAAUGUUAUACCUGUUCCAAAGGUUCAAUCCUCUCCGGAUCAUUGAAUUUCCUUUGGAAAUCUAUUCUAUUUUUUUUUUUACUUUUUAUUUGUACGGGACAAGGUGAAGGUCAGAUUUCUGGGGAAAUCGCUGUGUUUUGGGGACAAGAAAAAGAAAGCUCAAUCAAAAUGAAAAUAGAAUUGAAAAAAUAGCUGAUGGAUCGUUGAAAUGAAAAAAAAGCUUUAUUCACAGCAUGGAAAAUAAGGCCUCCUGUAGAGUUUUCAACAACAAAGUCAAAAUCCCUUUCCCUUUUUUUUUUCUUCCCCUAAAUUCCCCCAGAUUUCUAUAAGGAUAUUGUCUCUAUGGUCGCAUGUUUCCAGAAUGACUUCCUCCCAAAUCUUUUUUUAUCGCAGUUUUUGUGCAUCCCACUUUCUUUCUGAGCGUGUAUUGCUAUCUAUUCAUUUUAUUUUAUUAUUUCAAGGGCAAAAAAAAAAAAUAAUAAAACAGGAAAACGUA